AAGCUACCGGUACCAGCCGACGGAGGAAGCUGCAAGCAUAACCCCCGUGCAGGAAGUCGUCGUCACGCGGUGCUAGAUUUUGACCUGCUACCGAAAUCCCGCAGGCUAGCUGCAAACCCCACUUCGCCGCGGCUUCGCCGCCGCCGCCGAUGAGAUCCGCGCCGCCCAGAUCCAAGCCUUUCUAGAGCCUUACGCCACCUGCAGCAGCGCCCAUGGGGGACUGCGCCGUGGAGAACGGCCACGCCCACCCGAAGGAAGAGGACGCUCCGGAAGUCCCCGUCGAGCCCGCGGAGAGCGCCGCGGAGCCGCAGGUGUUGGCUGGCGGGCAGAGGAAGCCGGGAGGGAUACGCAGGGAGCCGUCGUUCUCGCGGUGGUGCAAGGACCCAUCCGCGGCGUCCAAUGCCCACUCCGGAGCCGCUUCGCCGGCCUCUGCACCGAGCGACGAUGACUCGGAGGAGUUCGAGCUGCCGCUUCUGCCGUCCGCCGCCGCCGCCCACCGCUUGCCGAUGGAUAUCGAGGCAGGAGCGGCGGCGGGAUCUGACAGCCUCCCGGUCUCCCCCUGGCUAAUCGCCAAGAUUAUAUUUCUGAUAGCGAGCUGGUACACGCUGAGCACCUGCUUGACGCUGUAUAACAAGGAGAUGCUUGGGAAGCGCAUGUGGAAGUUCCCUGCUCCGUUCCUGAUGAACACGGUGCAUUUCACCAUGCAGGCUGUUGCCUCGAGGGUGAUCGUGUGGUUCCAGCAACGGGGCAUGGAGGCAGAGCGUAAUCCAAUGUCAUGGAAAGAUUACUUUCUGCGAGUUGUUCCAACAGCUUUGGCUACUGCUCUUGAUAUAAAUUUGACCAACAUUUCGUUUGUUUUCAUUACUGUGACAUUCGCUACAAUGUGUAAAUCUGGGGCUCCAAUUUUCAUUCUUCUCUUUGCUUUUCUAUUCAGGCUAGAGAAGCCGAGCUUUAACAUUCUUGGAAUCAUGCUGAUUGUUUCUGUUGGAGUUCUACUGACAGUUGCUAAAGAGACACAGUUUAACCUUUGGGGAUUUAUAUUUAUUAUGCUUGCUGCUGUCAUGUCUGGUUUCCGCUGGUGCAUGACACAGAUUCUCCUCCAGAAAGAGGAAUAUGGAUUAAAGAACCCCUUUACCUUAAUGAGUUAUGUUACCCCGGUGAUGGCAAUAACAACUGCAAUUAUUUCCAUUGCCAUGGAUCCAUGGCAUGAGGUCAGAGCAAGUCACUUCUUUGAUAGUCCAGCUCACACAUUAAGAAGCAUCUUAUUGAUGCUUCUAGGUGGUGCUUUGGCAUUCUUCAUGGUUUUGACAGAAUAUGUUCUCGUUUCUGUAACAAGUGCUGUAACAGUGACCAUAGCUGGGAUUGUCAAGGAAGCUGUCACAAUUUUGGUUGCUGUGCUUUUCUUCAAUGAUCCAUUUACCUGGUUAAAGGGAUUUGGACUAGCAACAAUUAUAUUUGGUGUCAGCCUUUUCAAUCUGUACAAGUAUCAUAAAUUCAGGAAAGACCACCACAGUAAACAUGUUGACCCAAAUUUCCAUUCUUCCAAUGGUGCCUCAAAAUAUGUUAUCAUUGAUGAUGAUAUUGAAGAUCAGGAUGAUACAGGCUGAUCCAAGUAUAGAAGACAGCGGACCAUUUUAGGGGCUGGCGUAUACGGCUCAGGACACUGUCACCGACUUUACAUCGCUUGGUUUCGGAGGCACCAGUGCUUGCUUGUGUGUUCUUCCACGGCUUUGUGGAGUUAUGCUGCAUAUGCAUGGGCAUGAUGAUGAUCAUGCAUAAAUCAUGUCGCUGAUUGAGGAGGGACACACUGAUACAAGUAGAAGAAAGAUUUUGUUACUCGGAAACAAAAAUAGUGCAUACCAAGAGCUGUGCAGAAAUUGUAUAUUAUAUAUUGAGAAUAAGAAUAUUUUGCGGUCCGUUAGAAAUACAGCCGCUGCGCAUUUUACUGGGAGUGUGAAGAGCUCAAUUUUGGUGCAACUUGUGAGCCCACCACAUAUAUUGGCAUUGCAAAACAUAUGUUGUUUACUGAGAAUGAAAGAAAUUAGAUUGAUGAUA